AUGCCGAAGCGUAGUGCAGAGGAUAGAAUUGCAUGUUAUUCACGAAAAAUUAAGAAGCUUCAAAAUGAAGAAAUUAAGCGCCGCAAACGUGUUAUUAUUUAUUCUGAUUCAUCAGAUGAUGACAAUACUCAUAUCGAAUAUAAUAAAAACGCUGACAAUAACACUGCCAAUAUCGAACCAGAGGUUCCUGAUCAGGCCGUGCCCUUGCCAGAUGACCCUCAAACCGAUGAUCAGCCUUUGUCUUCAUUAGAUCCUGAUAUACUAAUGGCAUUAGGGGAACCCGCUCAAGAGGAAGUUGCGUAUGGAGAGGACAUUCACCCAGACUUAGCCCAAAGAUGGGCUCCUCUUCUCCGUAAAGGCCUGGUUGAAAAGGAACAAAAAGAUAAAUUGUUAAAAGAAUACGCAAUUCCUAAAAAUUGUAAACUAUUUAGAGCCCCCCUUUUAAACCCAGAAAUCAAUGCUGCAGUCUCCGAAUUUGCCCGCGCGCGGGAUAAAAAGAUUGAAAAUGGUCAACAGCAACUAGGCAUAGGUCUAACAGCCAUAAAAAGGGGAAUGACGGUUUUGCUUACUUCCGAUAACAAAAUACAGGCUAUAAAAUAUUUAUCUGAUGCCUGCAGAAUCUUAUCAGACCUUCACGCAGCUGAGUCCCAGACCCGUAAAAAGUCUCUAACCCAAGGUUUAGAAAAAUCUUUCCUUAACCUCAUCCAAGACACUGAUCGCGACGAAACGUUAUUCGGCGCUGAUUUACCAGAUAAGAUUAAGGCGUCAAAAGACUCCUACCCUACAUAG